AUGACUUUCCACCAUUGCCCACGCUCCUCUGCGAUCCGUUAGACUCCGCUCCAAUGCCCUUCAAUCCAGGUCAGCUUUAAUCCGCGCUUUGGCGGUCUCAUGUUGUCGCCGGCCACCGCGCAUUGCCGCUUCUCGCGAUCGGGCGGUGAGAAUCCGGAUCGGCAUCGCCGCCAUUCUGCCGCCGGACAGCUCCGCCUGAAUUUCAUGCCUCUCCCACUUUCUCUUCACACCAUCGCCGCCGCGCUCACCUCUUUGUCAACGAAGCCUCCAUUUAUCACGAACGAGCACCGCUGCAGCUCCUCGUCCGCUACGACACGUUACCACGCUCUUCUGCCGUUUGUCGCAAUCUGCCCCCUCUUCGCAGUGCCGCCUCCGCUGCACCUCUCGUCGCGAUCUGCCUCCUCUUCGCAGUGCCGCCUCCGCUGCACCGCUCGUCGCAAUUUGCCUGCCCUUCACCAUACCUCCCUCUCUUCACCGCCCCACCUCCAUCGCAAUCUGCGUACCCCGCUAGCCGCGUGCUCUCCUCGCCGUAUACACGUCCUCUCUGCCGUACCUCGUCGCAAUCUGCAUAACUACCGCAUCUCCUCCAUUGCGACUUUGCGAAGGGUAAUCGAUACGGCACGAGCGAAGAGAUAGAGGUCCCGAGCGAGGUACUACAAACUGGCCGUAAAGCGAACUUAGAAAAGACGCGGAGCAGAAGAGCGGGAAAGCCUAACCUGUACAAAGGAGUAAGAGCACGGAGCGC